UAGUUUUCAAUUUCAUUUCCAAAUCGAAACAGAAUUCAGCAUCAUUCAAACAGCCCAGAUUUUAAUCGGGCCCAUACCAUAAAGAAACAAAAUAAUCCGGACCUCAGUCGGAUCGGAUUUGUGCAUGUAUUCGACUAUAAAAACGGAACCAAACUUCCACUUGAUCUCAUCUAGUCAUCUGUGAAACAAGCUAACCCUAAGCACUCUUUCUCUUUCUCUGCGCUUUCAUCAAACACCUGAUAUACACAAAUAUGAUGGAGACAACAUCUCCAGUACAACCAGAAUCACUCUGUUCCAAAUCCAUAAAGAGAGCUCAUCAUAAUAAUUAUCACUUCCCUCCUGAUUCACAGGCCAAAAAAAUACGAAUGACCCAUAAGUUGAAUCUUGAGCAAGGGACUUCAUCGAAAUCUUCUGCACAACCUGUUCCAGAAACUUCUAGAAACUCAGAGAACCUCUCCGAUCAUCGUGCUUCAUCUGCCAAGGAUUUGAAGAGUCCCUGGAAAAAGUACAGGGUGAUUAGUAGCCAUGUUGGAUGUGUGAGAUGUGUUGCUUUUGAUCCAAGUAAUCAUUGGUUCUGCACAGGCUCCGCGGAUCGUACGAUUAGAAUAUUCGAUGUAGCUACCGGGAGCCUGAAGCACACUCUUACAGGACACAUUGGACAAGUUCGAAGCGUGGCUGUUAGUAAUAGGCAGCCUUAUAUGUUCUCUGGUGGUGAUGAUAAAUUAGUUAAGUGUUGGGACUUGGAACACAACAAAGUUGUUAGGUCUUUUCACGGUCAUUUGAGCGGUGUUUAUUGCUUGGCGGUUCAUCCUACGAUUGAUGUUGUCAUUACUGGAGGACGUGAUUGUGUUGGUCGCGUGUGGGAUGUACGGACCAGGCAGCAGGUUUUUGCUCUGUCUGGACAUGGGGAUACAGUUUGUUCGGUUCUGGCUCGGUCUGUGGAUCCACAAGUUGUGACUGGAUCGCAUGAUACGACGGUGAAGUUAUGGGACCUUAGAGAUGGGAGGACUAUGGGGACUUUAACGCACCAUAAAAAGGCUGUACGAGCUUUGGUUCAGCAUCCUGUUGAGGAUGCUUUUGCAUCUGCCUCUGCUGACAAUGUCAAGAAAUUUGGGCUUCCGAGAGGGGAGUUUUUGGAUAACAUGGUUUUGAGACGGAAGAUGAUUGUCAAUGCAAUGGCAGUUAAUAAAGAUGGGGUGUUGGUCACUGGAGGCGAUGAUGGGAGUGUGUCAUUUUAUGACUGGAAGACUUGCCAGAAUUUUCAGCAGAUUCAAACGACUCCUCAGCCAGGUUCGUUGGAUUGUGAAGCGGCCAUAUAUGCUGCCGCCUUUGAUGUCACAGGGUCAAGGCUUGUGACGUGUGAGGCAGAUAAGACGAUAAAGAUGUGGAAACAGGGCACAUAUUGAGUGAAGCAAGACAACAUAAAAGCUUGGGUAACGGCCAGAACGCUAGCCACCACAUUCACUGGCUGCUCGUGCACUGCACAUGGUGGCAGAUAAUAUCCAUCAUCACAAACACUGUUCUACCGUAGCUCAUUCCUGUGGUUUCCAAAACUUGAUAUUGUGCCAAGGGGAUAACGAAACUGUUCAGCAACUCAUCACCAAUUGAAGUUUCCUGAAGAGUAAACUUUAAAGGUGGGUUAUCUUCUGGGAUAGCGCGGUUUCUGUCGCGUUGAUUCAUCCACUACCAAUCCAAUAUACCAUUGUACUAAAAAAAUUGGUGAUUAAUUCCCAUUAAGCACUGUUUCGUAACUGGCCGGAUUGAUUACAUCUCCUUCCUCGGUUAAGUCUGAUUCG